AUGCUGAGCACAGGCUCAACCGAACAGCAGCUUUUGGCUGCUGAUGGGGAUGUGAAACCCAGAUGGUCAUUUAUUGAGAAAGCCGAACGGUCACAUCGUCGUAUACCCGGGCUGAGAAAGAUACCAUUGCCUGCUCUGGCUAUUAUUCUGUUUGUCGCAUUGAUAAAUAUACUGGUCUGGGUUGCGGCAGGAAUUGUGCUGUUACUAACUCCCACAAUCGACUCGCAUAGAUUCCUAGCCUCAACGGCGGCUCUUGCAUAUUCUCUUGGAUUACGACAUGCCCUUGAUGCGGACCAUAUAUCUGCCAUUGACUUAAUGACUCGGCGUCUCCUUGCAACUGGCCAGAAAGCAGUUACAGUAGGGACUUUUUUCUCUCUUGGCCAUUCAACUAUCGUUAUCAUCACUUCAAUCGUGGUGGCAGCCACUGCAGCAGCGGUAUCAGACAAAUUCGACAGAUAUGGAUCUAUUGGGGGCAUCAUCGGCAGCUCUGUCAGCUCCGCAUUUCUGAUCCUCCUGGGAGUCAUGAAUGGGUAUAUCUUGUAUAAGCUCAUUCUGCAAAUGAAGAAAGUUCUUCGCGACAAGAACAGGGGAGAGGAAAUGUGGAAAAUUGAGGGAGGAGGUAUUCUCUUCUCCAUUCUCAAAGGGAUGUUCAAAAUAAUCGAUCGGCCGUGGAAAAUGUAUCCACUUGGAGUUUUAUUUGGACUUGGGUUCGACACAUCUUCGGAGGUUGCUCUUCUUGGGAUAUCAUCUAUCCAAGGAUCAAAAGGAACUAGUAUCUGGUUGAUAUUGAUUCUUCCCAUUCUGUUCACAUCUGGUAUGUGCCUGGUCGACACUAUUGAUGGUGCUCUCAUGCUCUCUCUCUACGUUCAACCAGCAGCACAUUUUCUGGACUCAAAGUCAACGUCAUCAGCUGCAGAAUCCGAUACGCCUAUCCUCCAAGAAGUGGUUGAGCAACAACCAGCCCCAGCCGAAGAAUCAAUAUCCCGGAAUCCACGGGACCCGGUUGCAUUCCUUUACUACUCCAUAGUCCUCACUUCUCUGACAGUCAUAGUUGCUAUCGUUAUUGGCGUCAUCCAGCUUCUAACCCUCCUCUUAAACGCCCUGAAACCAGAGGGGAAGUUCUGGGAUGGCGUUCAAGUUGCUGGUGACUAUUACGAUGUCAUUGGUGGUGCUAUAUGCGGACUGUUCAUCAUUGUUGGAGGCAUAAGCGUCUUAGUUUAUCCACAGUGGCGACGGUGGGCUGAGAAGAACCAGGCAAGCCUUCCAAGCGACGACAGUCACGUCAGAGCCCAGGCUGACGAAGAGAGUCGAAUUGGGGACCUGGGUGAUGCUGCGAAUACGCGAGGUCAGUCGCUUUAUCAGGCAGAUGAAAUACCUGCAGAAAUCUCCACAACAAGGACUGCGGCUGAUACGAAACUUGUUUGA